AUGCUCUCUGCAUCAUCAUUCCACGAGCAAACCCUUUCCGUUCAUCAUGAGCAUCAAGAAGAAGGAGAUGCCCUAUUAAGAAGAGUGGUUGCCUCAAAUUUUGUUGGGAACGGAACCCCACCUCCUUCUCCUUCCAAUACCAAGGAAGCAAGGAAAAAGAAUAUGAAUCGAAAAUUUAAUUUCAAUUUGGAGGAAACUUCAUCACCUUACCAGAAUAAGAAAGAAUCACUGUUACCUUCAGAGAGGCUUGACAAGUUAAGGGCACUGAGUAUAUCAAUGGAAAAGCCCUUGAUCCAGGAAGUUGAGAGAGUCAUUGCCCCAAAAUCAUCAGAGCAUAGUGCAUAUAUGAAACGAGAAUUCAUCACUGGUACAGCGUCUCAGGCAAUUCAAAACCAACAUAGAACGUUAUGGGCUUCUUCCUUCCUUUCCAAUCCUCAUAACAGGCCGAAAUCUAAAUCUCGUCCUUCCGAUUAUGUAGUGAGCUUUGAUUUAGGAGAGAGCAAGGGUGUUGUUUCCUCAAAUCACGUGUUGGAUCCCUCCGAACGAAGCUUUGAGCAUAACAAAGACAAAAGAAAAGAGCUAGCAGAAAAGUUGGAAUGCAAAUCAAAGGGACAGCAUUUCAAACCCUUUUUCAAAUUCAUCAAGUCACAGCAUAGUACAAGAAACCAAGAACGAAAAACUACAAUAUACACCGAAGAGCCGCUAAAGAAUGCAACUGUCAUUGGAGGAGGUAUAAACGAUUUAUUAAGCAAGUCAGUUGAGGAGGAAAUUCAAGAAAAUGAAUGUACCAAUGUUCAGGAAUUGAUGACAUCUGGUUUUUAUCUAUAUUCAGGAGUAUUGGCUGACAUGAACCAGCUUGAUCACAUGAUUUGCAGAGAGUUUCUUCAGAACGAAAACCGUUUGCCUAAGGAAUCGCUUCAUCUCAACGUACUACUGUCCAUUGAUUUUCAAUGCAAGAAAUCAUAUUUUUCAGUAGUCUCCCACGAAUCGAUCAUGAUCAAAGGACGAGUCGAAAGGAUAUCUCGGUUUCCAACCAAAGUUGAUGACCUCUUACAAUCAAUUGAGCAUGCCUUUGAAAAAGUCAAUACCCACAAAUCCUUUUUUUCCAUGAAACGCCAGGAGUUCCCUCCUUCACAAUAUAUAUCAUGUGACAUGGAUAUCGAGCAGUCCAUUCUAAAUUUUGGAUCCGUUCAUGGACAAACGGCAGUAUGUGAGUUUGAGCAGCAAAAGAAUAUAGAAAGAUGGCCAUUCCAACCUGAGGUUCCCAAGGUGAAAGCAGUACUAAUUUGCAAUGAUAAUCUUAAUAACCAGUACGUCUCUAGAGGAGUGUGGCAACUUCUUCAUCUCUAUACGAAUCAAACCGUCAGUGAGGCUAAAUCAAAUCAGGAUGAACAAACAGAAAAUCAGAAUUUCGAAGAACCCAAUGAACUGAAUUGUUCUUCUGGCUGCGUUAAUGAAUCGAUAUCAAAAGAGCAAGAAAUGUAUAUUUCACCAGAAAUCUCAUCUCACCAAGACGCUGAAAGUGUUGAUCCCAUUGUACAGAAUCAUAGUGUGAAUGAAACUUCUCCCUUUAAUAUACAAACGCCCUUGGUGUUAGUUCCUUUCGAUAUUGAAUGCUUUUCUGAAAACACUGGGCAACAAGGUGAAGAUGGCCUUUUCACAAAUAUUCUGAGCACAACCGAGGUAGAGAAGCAGCUAGAAACACCAAUUUUAUCUCCAUUGCUGCACAGCCAGCCUGAAGAGGAGAGCAGUGUUAAGGAUCAAAUUAUAUCCAAGAUUAAGGAAGAGCAGGAAAAUAAGCCUGAAGUAUUUACACGCACUACUGGUGACUCGUUCGAAUAUUUUAAAGAUACUUUCGAAAAGGAAGAUAAGGAAGAAUUACCUGAUAACCUUCUGCAAAAGGAAGCGAAUGACAUGAAGGAUCAAAUGCUCGAGUAA